AUGAUCCUAAAUACGAGCCCAUUUUCGAAAAUUGUCGAGCUGGCAACAGCGGCGAAGAACCUGGACGAGGCGAAUGCGGCGUUAAAGGAGUUUCGGGACUCGAAGUAUAGAGGAGGAAAGCUGGCUGAGUUGAGAGCAAAGGAGCUGGAGGCGGACCUUAGUGAAAUGGAGAAAGCAGCGCUGACAAGGCUGGCGAAUGACGAUCCACUUUGA